AUGACCUUCUCCACCGAAAGCUUGCUUCGUCUAAACCAGAAGGACUUUGAUUUCAAUCUUGAAUUUGAACACCUUUUCUUCUCCAUCAUUCCCUCAACUUUGUUUAUUUUCUCAUCCCUAUGGCGUACCCUUUCUCAGGCACGAAAGCCCACAGUGGUAAAUGCGCCCACAUUUCAAUUCAUUAAGUCGGGUGCCAUAAUCAUCUAUAUCGGCUUGGAGCUCUCACUUCUCAUCUUAGCAGUGACGGGCUCAUUCCAAGCCACCAGCAUGCUCAUAGCUUCUUCGACCCUUAAUCUUGUAUCGGCCCUUUUCAUGCUUACCUUGAGUGCCGUGGACCAUAGCCGAAGCGCACGACCAUCCGUCCUGUUGAAUAGCUACCUGUUUCUCACUCUUUUACUCGAUGCGGCCCAGGCAAGAACGCUAUUCCUGUCAUCAGAUGAUAAGCCUGAGAUCAUUUACAGCAGCAUCUUCUGUGCAGCAAUAGCGCUGAAGGCAGCCAUUUUGUUAUUGGAGGCCCGACAAAAGACAGAAUGGGUUACUUGGGAUAAGAAGAAGCACAGCCCUGAAGAGACAAGUGGGAUUUUUUCCCUUGGUGUAUUUUUCUGGUUGAACAAAAUGUUUCUGGUUGGGUAUCGAAAUAUCUUGGCAAUCGAGGAUCUCUACCCCCUCGAUAGUUCAUUUGACGCCCUGACGCUGCACGAAGGUUUUACAAAGCAUCUAGACUACUCAAAGUUGAAGGGAGAUAAAUUUGGUCUUCUAAAAGUGUUAGCCCGUACACUGAAGGUCCCUCUUCUCCUGCCCAUUGCUCCACGACUGGCACUUCUUGGUUUCACAUUUUGUCAGCCUCUGUUCAUUGAGAGAUUAUUGAGCUAUCUGUCCCAAGAAGUCCCUGACGAAAAUACUGGAUACGGUCUGAUCGGUGCCAGCUUGUUAAUUUAUUUCGGAAUGGCCAUUUCAUACGCCUUGACAUGGUACUUCCACCACCGACUACGAACUAUGGUGCGAUCCAUCAUAGUCACUGAGAUUUACGCGGCAGCCAUGAGAUCACGAAUCGGCCCAAGCGAUGACAGCGCUACACUAACCCUGAUGAGCACGGAUAUCGAAAACAUUAAAAUGGGUCUACGGCCCCUACAUGAUGCCUGGGCAAGCAUCAUACAGGUGGCACUUGCGAGUUGGAUGUUAUACCAGCGACUUGGUGUUGUAUUUGUCGCGUCUAUUGGAGUUGUCGUUGUCAGUUCCAUUGGCCUGGGGAUUCUGGUCAAUUUCACUGGUGAUUCACAAAGGGCGUGGAUGUCUGGAAUCCAGAAGAGAGUGGGUCUGACUGCGACGGUGAUUGCCAGCAUGAAAUCACUGAAAAUAUCUGGCCUAUCGGCUGUCGUUGGAGACUACGUGCAGCAACUCCGUGUAGAUGAGCUCGCUACAGGGACCACCUUCCGCAAGCUCUUCCUAGUUGCCGCGGUCAUCGGGUACCUGGGCCAGCUUGUUAGCCCUCCACUGACAUUCGCAUUCACCAAACACACCAUAGACGCCACCACAAUUUUCACAAGUCUUUCAUUUUUGACGUUAUUGACUAAUCCUCUGACACAGCUCUUCAUGUCGGUUCCCGAUCUCAUUGGUGGUCUUGCAUGUUUGGGCCGAAUUCAAGAUUUCUUGGAGCGCGAGCCUCGUCAUGAUUUUCGUCAAAUUAUUCCUGGUACACAGGAAAAUACAGAGAAGGCCUCUUCAGAUAUUGAGGUAUCUUCAGAAACAAGCCAUGAUUCGGAAAACUCCAUUGUCAUCCAAAAUGCCAACUUUGGGUGGACAGCAGAGAAGUUCGACUUGCGAAACAUCAGCACCCAGAUAUCCAAAUCGUCGUUGACAAUGGUCAUUGGGCCCGUGGGCUGUGGGAAAUCAACCUUCAGUAAAGCUCUUCUAGGAGAGAUCCCUUUCAGCGAAGGCAGUGUCAUUACAAAUACUCGCUUCCAGCAUAUCGGCUUCUGCGAGCAAACAGCCUUCCUCUCGAAUACCACAAUCCGAGACAACAUCAUUGGAUUUUCCCCUUUUCAUCCGGAGCGGUAUGCUGAAAUUAUUGACGCCACGGCUCUGGAAUUUGAUUUUGCCACUUUAAAUCAAGGAGAUGCCACCAAUAUUGGGUCAGAUGGCAUCGCCCUAUCUGGGGGCCAGAAGCAACGCGUAUCACUGGCGCGAGCGCUCUAUCUGUUCUCUGACCUUUUAGUGCUAGAUGACAUCUUCAGCGGCUUAGAUGCGGAUACCGAAGAACAUGUUUUUCAAAAGGUUUUUGGGCCAGAUGGGCUUCUCAGACGACGAAACUCAACGGUGGUACUGUGUACCCAUAGUAUCAGACACCUUCCAGCCGCAGAUUAUAUUAUCGUGCUUGAAGACGGUGUUAUUGUAGAGCAGGGUACCUUCAAUGAUCUUUCAGUCGGCCAAGGGUAUGUUAAACGCCUAGGACUGAAGGACCUUUCCGAUCGUGAAAGUUCAUCCGAGAAGUCAGCCUCCAAGAGUAGCCCCUCGGGAUCGCAGACACAACUGGCGCUUGUGACAAAACCUACUGGCAACAAACCAUCUCUCAACGCGGAUGUGAUUGCGUUGCGACAAGUUGGAGAUUUGACAGUUUAUAAACAUUAUUUCAAAAGCAUGGGUUGGGUUGUGGCGGGGUGCAGUGUAUUCUUUGCCAGUCUCUGGGGGCUCUUCACCAACUACCCAUCAAUUUGGCUCACAUAUUGGGGCGAUGCCCUUACCUCAACCAAUCCCUCACAUUCUUACGCCUACUAUGUCGGCAUAUAUGCGCUGUUUCAAAUGUGUGCCAUGGUGUCACUCCUUCUCCUAGGAAUAGCACUUUUCAUUGUUUCAAUCAACAGGGCAGGAUCUAUUUUGCAUAAACAGGCUCUGCAUACCUUGAUUCGAGCUCCACUUUCAUUCCUCACGAUGACAGAUACGGGUGUUGUAACGAAUCUUUUCUCACAGGAUUUGAAUUUGGUGGAUACAGAGCUACCAGAAGCAACUUUGAACACUAUGUUUUGUGUCUUUCAAUACAUUGGACAAGCAGCCGUUAUGCUUACUUCGUCGGUGUACCUGGCCAUUAGCUAUCCGCUCCUCGGUGGCUUGCUAUAUACUGUGCAGAAGUUCUACCUGCGGACUUCUCGACAAAUGAGACUGCUAGACCUGGAGGCUAAAAGUCCGUUAUACACUCAUUUCCUCGAUACUCUCAAAGGCAUUGCCACUCUGAGAGCCCUCGGCUUCCUUCCGGAUGAAAUCAAAAAGAACGCCCGCCUGGUUGACUCCAGUCAACGUGCCGCAUAUCUUCUUCUUAUGAUUCAAGAAUGGCUGAAUCUGGUGCUCAGCAUUGUGGUCAUGAUAAUUGCAGUAGUUCUGACCACCCUGGCUGUACGUCUCCAUUCAAGCUCUGGUUUUGCCGGCGCAUCUUUGUACUCCCUCAUGAGCUUCGGAGAGAAUCUUUCCGGCAUGGUCAUGUUUUACACAAAGCUGGAGACUUCCAUCGGCGCGAUUGCACGACUAAAGAUGUUCAACGACACUGUCAUUCCGGAAGACCUAGAAGACGAAGAUAUAAUCCCAGGAGAAGAAUGGCCUGAACAAGGAACAGUCGAGUUUAAAAAUGUAUCUGCGAGAUAUGGCACCACAGAAGAAAACGAAACUCCCGAAUCCCCCCUCGCCCUGAAAAAAAUAUCUCUCUCGAUUCAACCGGGUGAAAAGAUCGCCAUCUGCGGUCGCACCGGAAGCGGCAAAUCAACUCUUCUCGCCAUCAUCCUCAAACUCCUCGAUCCCAUCCGCAGCUCUACCGGUGACGCGACGGUACUCAUCGACAAUCUACCCCUCCACCGAAUCAAUCGCUCCGCUCUCCGCCAGCGCCUCAUCGCCGUACCGCAAGAUCCAGUAUUCCUUCCAGAUGGCGCCAGCUUCCAAGCCAACUUAGAUCCUUCCCAUAUCUCCACUCCCGCAGAAUGUCAAGCCGUCCUAACAGCAAUCGGACUCUGGUCUUUCGUCCAGGAGCAUGCUGGCCUCGACGCGCCCAUGGCUGCGGGGAGCUUCAGCGCGGGACAACGGCAGCUCUUUUCUCUAGGGCGGGCUAUGCUUCGCCGCAGUGUCCGGGCUCGGUCGUGUCGGAAUGGGGAAACCGGGGGUAUUUUGCUUCUAGAUGAAGUGAGUUCAAGUGUGGAUCACGAGACGGAGCGUGUGAUGCAGGAGAUUGUUCGUGUGGAGUUCAGCGGGUAUACUGUGAUCUCGGUCAGCCAUCGGUUGGAUAUGAUUAUGGAUUUUGAUCGAGUAGUUGUUCUGGAUAUGGGUGAGGUUGUGGAGGUGGGGAGUCCGGCAGUGCUGAAGAAUUUGUCCGAGUCGAGGUUUGGAGAGUUGGUAAGGGCAGGUGGGAAGUAG